CACUCGUUGUGACAGUGCUUAGACUGCUGCUGCUCUCGAAAGACUCCCCGCGUCAUCGCUCCUUCCUCAUCCGCACAUCGACAAUGUCCAACCAAAGUGGUAUCCAAGUUUCACAGGAAUUAGCUGCCGCAUUCGCUAAGGCCGUCGCUUCAGGAGAAACCCGUAUUUUGAGGGUCUCUAUCGUCAACGAAUCUUUGGUUGAAAACGGUCAAUCACCUGCUAGCGGAUCUUUCGAAGAAGAUUUUUCCGAACUUCAAAAGUAUCUCGAUGAUUCUCAGCCCUCUUUCAUCUUGGUUCGCCUGGAUACGAAAUCUUCGGCUGGCGAGUACAACUGGUUAUUCAUCGCAUAUGUACCUGAUAACUCAAAAGUCCGUGACAAGAUGCUGUACGCUUCAUCGAGAGCUAGCUUGACCAAGGACCUUGGAGAUUAUCGCUUUGUUGAUAACAUGUGGGGUACAGAAGCCAGCGAAUUCACUUUGGACGGAUACAAGAAGCACAAGUCACACCAAACUGCCGAAGCACCAUUGACGGCAAGGGAAAGAGAAUUGGCCGAGAUUAAGGCUCAAGAGUCCAAGGCAUCAUCAAAUCAUAUGGGAACUACGGUUCGUAAAACGUAUGCUGCUGGCGUAGCCGUCCCACUCAGUGAAGAAGCACAAGCAGCUUUGGAGGAUUUGGGUAAAUCGAGCCGAUCCCACAAUUACGUCUCGCUGCGCUUGGAGAAGGAGAACGAAACCAUCCAAUUGGACAAUGCUUCUACUGUGGCAGCAGGUGACCUUGCCAAAACCAUUCCUGCCGAUUCACCACGCUUUACGUUUUACGCUUUCGAACAUGGCAAUACUGACGCAUCCUUAGGUGAGCUCCGUGAAAAGAUGUUGUAUUCGUGCAGCCGAGGCGGAGCCAUCGCUACAGCAGAAGCGGAAGCAAAUUUAAAGGUGGUUAAAAAGCUCGAGACAAGUGAUCCUGCGGACCUUACCGAAGAGUACCUCAAGGAAGAAGUGGUUGGCAGCUCCAACGCCAGUACACCCACCGGAAGCGUGGUGGGCGAGCGUAUUCAGAUGCUUGGACAAACUCCUGGCGGCUUCAAACGACCUGCAGCACCUGGCAGACGACGCCCCGCUGCAUAAAAAGCCCCAGGUGGUCAUGUCAUGUUUGCUUCACUACGGAAAAUGUGUAGAAUGAAUACAUAAAGCAAUAUAGUUUUGUUGCAUGCCAAAGUGGGAGUGAUGUGGUUCUGCGUGUUAUAAAAGACAACAUCUUUACUUCUUCUCUUUUA